AUGGAUUUGGAGAAGCAUUCUCAAGACCCUGAGACCACUGACGUAGUGGGUCCUGAGAGCUUGGGACCCACGCGGACCGGGUCGGCUGCCAAUGUGGGAUGGAAUGGGCUACAGCGGCUUCCUCCACCCCACGGACGGAAGAACUAUUCUCCCUUCACUAACAUGCGCUAUGGCCCUCCCAGCGGCCCUCCUCCCAGCUGCUCUCCGCCGAAUAUUAUGCCCCGAUUCUACUAUCCACCUCCAGCAAUUGGACCAUCAGUACCACCCCAAAUACCACCUCAUUUGCAGGAACCCGUAGUAUUUCCUCGAUUUAUUCCUCCUCCACAAUAUCCCAUUUACAGCCCCCCGACUGUAGCGGCUGCUCCUAAUAAUCCUUGGGAUCUUUCCAAUCUCGGAACUUCCCUUAAUUCGAUUCCUCAAGGUUCCCAAGUCGGCCCGCCUAAGCUAACAAGCUCUUCUUCCGAUGCCACUACUCUAAAAGCCCAGAAGUUUGAAGAGGACGAAGAGGACGAGGAGGAAGAGGAGGAAGAAUCCAAAGAUUCUUAUGGUUGUUAUGAACGCGGUCAACUCGCCGCUUGCUUCGAAGAUUCUUCCACGGAUGACGAUUCCGACGAUUCUGACGCCACCGUUACUGCUCAAUCCUAUGCUGCCAGUGUCGAACGCGCGUGUGACAAGCUUUCUAAGUUGACGUCGAAAUUGACAUUGGAUACCUCCGAACACAUGGCGCCGAGUCACGCUUUCAAGAAUGGCGCGAUGGAAUCUCGAGGACUUACUGCUGGCCCCGACUUAGGAACCAUCAAAGUUGGCCACCAGUAUAUCUGCGAGUGUCGUAUCGGCCGCAUGUUUGCCGAGAGACGACUGGAUCCUGCUAGAGAGGCUAACUACCGUCUUCAAGGUAUCCAAGUCAUCCAGUCUACUAGAGAGGCUCUGUUGCUACCGGUCAAGACUUAUAAUACUGCGUGUACUCUGUACCAUCGCUUCCGCCUAGACCACCCUACUCCCGACUACAAUUACACCGAUGCUGCCUUGGCCUCUCUUUUCGUAGCAUGCAAGAUCGAAGACACGUUGAAGAAGUCGCGCGAGGUUUUAUGCGCUCACCACAACCUCAAAAACCCGGACCAUCCGACCACUCAGGAUGACAAGAUAUUUGAUCAACCGUCCAAGGUUCUCAUCGGCAUCGAGCGAUUUAUGGUUGAAGCGAUCAACUUCGACUUUCGUGUCCGGUACCCUCAAAAGAUUGUUGCCAAGAUCGUUAAGAAGGCUCUUGCUUCUCCGGCCGACAUCUCGGACUUUAUUCCAACCGCAUUGAAGAUGUCUAUUGACCUAUAUAUGACUUACGCACCGCUCAAGCACAGCUCAUAUACCUGUGCUGUUGUAAUUGUGCAACUCACCGCUUUAAUCACCAACCAGUUCCAUGAAGAAUUUGGAAGUAUGAAUCCACUUGAUUGGCACACCGACGAUCAGUGUGUAGCUGAAGUAAUGCUCGAUCUUCUCGAUCUCUACACGCAGCAUGGCAAAGCUACUAAGGUCGGUCCUGAAUUUGAUUUACAGGUUUUCAUCGACGUCCAAAUUAGAAUCAACCAGUACUCCGAGCAUGCGGGCCUCUCGCGCUACCUGAACCAAUGCAGAGAGUGUCAAUCGACUAUCCCGCCUCCCACGCCGUCAUCAGACUCGCCUAUGUCGUUGAACACACCUUCUGCGUCGGGAACCAGCACUAUCAAGCGCGGACCUAAGGGUGCUGAUGGAGGUACAACGCGGUUCAUCUUCGACGCAGAUGAGGCGGUACGGGAGAAGACGACUUACAAUGAGUAUAACAUGGAUGAGUUCGAAGAAUGGGAAGAGGAGUUCGAGGAGCCGAUCCCGGACCUUCGCGACGAACGUCGUCAUGAGCCUCGCGGUCCUAGAGGGCCUCGUGGUCAUGGACGCGGUCACGGCCGAGGUGGUUUCGAUCCCGGCUGGACGCCUCGUAACCGUCAUGACCGUCGUCGCCGCGGUGGCGGUUUCUACUAA